AUGUCACCAAUGGCUUUGAUCAAGCUCGGUGUCUUACCCAUCAGUGUUAUCUUUGGAUGUUCCCUUCUUGCGAAUGCUGCACCUCACGAUAUCAACUCCGCCGCUGAUGAUGCUGCUCUCAUCAUAUCACUAAACCCUCUCGACCCUGAGGCCCCUCUGCCGGAUCCGGCGAGAGGCGGUACGCCGAGAUCAAUCGAUUCCCCUCUACUAGUCACGGAAGUCUUAGGCUUCUCAAAAUCCGCAGCAUUCUUUGAAAUGCUCGUUGAACUCCGUUUGAUGAUCUACGAACAUCUCAUCGAAGCUGGAGAUCUCGGCAUUCUCACCUGCUGUAAGGAGAGCCUAGGCACAACCGGAACGGAAAGUCUAGGCGUUCUACUUGAUUUCUGGGACCAAUCUGUGGUCACGGAGGAAGGUUUCAAAUGGGUUUAUACAGGCAAAAGUGUUUACAUGAUCUGCAAAUUUUAUGCCAAUCACCAGAAAUCCGACGGCUUCUGGGACCACGUGAAUUGGAUCCGGGCCCCCACACGCGCCAACGUGGGCUAUAGUCCUACCAGCAGCAGCCUCGACACCAAUGGGUGGACAUCUUCGACGAAGAUCGACCCGUCUACACCUGGAUGGGAUACCCUCAAGCAGAUACGCACUGCGCAGCUUCCUACCAUCAACAUCGGCACUCCUUCAAUCCACUGGCGACUAGAUUUCGACGCUGCUCAAUCCAGUGGGCUCACUUGCAGUGGCUGUCUAAGGUCCUGGUCUGAUGCGGAACGCUGUGGAAAGAGAUUCCCUACGAGGAAGAUUCCUCUAAGCUUCACGUCUUUGAUUAUGUCCUUGGAGAUGUUCGGGUGA